UGUUAUGUUGGUAAACAAACCAACGUGCUCGAGUCGAUUCGGUGCACAUAUCAGUUCAUGUUCAGGAUAUCACCCUACAAAUCCGCCUCGGAAUGGCCUCAUCGUGGAAAAAGUAUGUUCUAUGGUUCGCCCAGGAGCACGUGGACUUCCGGCAGGCCGAAAUCGCCUCACUGUUACGAGUAUGGAACAUUCCGAUGAACACUGCCAAAAACCACCGUCCGGAGAAUCCGUUCUGGGUCGUGGAACUCCAGGGUGAGGAGGACGCCCGCAAGUUGGCCUCCCGGUCGAUGUCACUGCGGUGCAUUUUCGAGCUGUGGUCGCACACCAAUCUGCUUGGAGCGUUCCACGAACAGCUGAACGGUUACAUUAAAUCCAAUAUGGCCACGUUGGGUCCGUUGUUCCGCGAGGACCGUAGCUUCAAGGUCACCGUUGAGACGUACAAUAAGCACUUCUCGCAGGCGGAAAAGGUGGCCAAAAUUGAAACGCUGCACUAUUUGCCGGUGACCGGUCCGGUAAACCUGAAAACACCGGACGUUCACUUUUGGUACAUCGAGUUUUGGGGGUUGGAUCCGAUGAACGUUCCGGAGGCUCCGCUGGACGUGCUGUUUGGCCGAUGGGUAGCCGAUGGGCGGCGUGACAUGAUCAACGAGAUUUCGCUCAAGAAGCGUAAAUUCAUCGGGAACACCUCGAUGGAUCCGCAGCUAUCGCUACUGAUGGCCAACCAGGGAUUGGUUCGGCAGGGUGACCUGGUGCUGGAUCCGUUCGUGGGUUCCGGAUCGCUGCUGGUGGCAGCGGCCAAAUUUGGCGCGUACGUGCUUGGGAGCGACAUCGAUUACAUGACGGUUCAUGGGAAAUCUAAACCUACGCGGGUCAACCAAAAGGUGCGCGAAGCCGACGAAAACAUCUACGCCAACUUGAAGCAGUACGGCUGCCAAGAUCGGUUUGUGGACGUGCUUAUAUCGGACUUUUCACGUAGCAUUUGGAACACCAACCUGAUGUUUGACAGCAUCAUUACAGAUCCACCCUACGGAAUCCGCGAGGCCACCGAGUGCAUCGAGUUCAAGACGCAACGGCGGGCAACCUGCCUGAACGAGGGCGUCGUCCACUAUCCGUCCACCUCGCCGUACCAGUUCGAUCAGCUGUACCGCGAUCUGAUGAACUUUAGCGCGCGCUACCUCAAGCUGGGAGGUCGGCUAGUCUGUUGGUUUCCGGUGCUGCGAAAGGACUUUACCGAUGAGAUGCUGCCACGUCACAAGUGCCUCAAGCUGGUCGCCAACUCGGAGCAAACGCUGACGGUGUACAGCGCGCGCCGCCUGCUCACCUACGAGAAGGUCUCCGACCGGGUCGAGGAUUUGGACUCGUACGAGCUGGCGCAGGCCAUGGUGGACACGUUCCGGCGGCGGUACAUGAACAUGGUGCAGCAAACCAGCGGCACGCGGAAGGAACGGCGAGCUGCGCUGCGUGACGUUGGCCGCGAGGAAGCCCUGCGGCGGGGAAAGACGCUGGACGCGGACGGAAAGUGGAAGUACAUGAGUGGGGGAGGUGAUAAGGCGGACAAGUAAUACACGGAACGGAACUUUUUCGACAUAAA